GUUAGUGCAGAAAAAGGAGCAGGUGCGAUGAUGAAGUGAACUGGAGAACAGAAGCACAAACAGUGCUGAAAUGAACAUUUUAUGGGAAAGAUGGAAGCAAAAACAAGCGACGGCAUGACUGGAACAACAAUGGGGCCUUACAGGGCCACAAAAUUGUGGAAUGACAUUAUUCGGACAUUUCGAACUGGAUUACCCUUGGGCCGUAACCGCCGCUAUAUGAAAACCUAUGACAACUGCUUUGCUGCAAGCGAUGCUGUGGACUGGCUGCAUGAACAUCUAAAAUGCAACCCCAAUUUUGGAGAAACUGUGACCAGAGCCCAGACUGUUCAAUUAAUGCAAAAGUUCCACAAAUCUCGAGUGUUUGAGGAUGUCCGAGGCAGCAAACAUAACAGAGGAGACUUCUCUGACAAUGGACGUUUGUUUAGAUUUACUCAUAAUUCCCCAAUCAAGACCAUGCGUGCCCCACUUGGAUCAAAGACAAAUCUGAUGGGCCGGAGAGAUUUAUCACAGCCAUUAAAACUUGACCAUGAGAAAUUGUCCCCAAUCACAUGUAUUCCUCCAACUGGACUCCCCGAGUGUCGACUUGUGGCACGACCUCUCUCCCAGGAGGAAAUCAUAAACACGUGGAAGGACUAUGCCCUAGAAAGUCUCCAGAAGACAGUUGGUGUUGAAAACCUUGAUGAACUCCUGGACUCAAACCUGGUCAAUGGACAGUUUAUAAUGCACAAUUGUUUGUUUGUCAACAAAAAUGGAGUUGUAACAAAUAUUGAGCCCAAAGACCAGUUACCUCACUGGACCCUCUCUGCAAUGAGGUGUUUGGCACACUGGCCCAACAAAAUUGAUUCCCUUCUUCCACAAUAUCCAGGUUUUGAAAAAGAUGUCUUCCGUGUUGUGUGUGAAUACUUUCAGGGUUUAAGGGAACCACUUUUGACCUUUGACAUGUAUGAAGUAAUCACGAAUGUGUUUGUGUUUACAGAAAAUCGAUUCAUCAAGCAUUCCUCACCAAAUACUUCAGAACAUAUUCUAGGCACGCCAUCAAGUAUAUCAUCUUUUACAUCUGUGGAAAACUUGAUGCUUAAUCUGACAAUGAACUUGGCAGGACCUUGCUACCGGCGCUCUGCUGCUCCCAAGGGAAUUACUCGAUCAGCAUCUGUGCAGGAUUACCAGUCUGGCUCGCCAUCAUUGUCUCUCCGCCAAAUGGAACCAGUUGCUGAAAGUUCCAACAUCUACGGGACAAAGAGAUAUGGCUCCAUGACAAGCCUUCCCAUUCAGCCCGUGACUAAAUUUGAGACAGCGUUUGGACCAGAUAAUAGAACUGUGACGCGUGUAUUUUAUUCCUCGAAUUCCUCCAACUCAUUAGACUGUGGCUCGUCAACAUUAAGUCGUGAUUUUUUCUCACAUGGAUGUUUAGCAUCUGAUAUUGACCAGCAGGACACCAACCCUCACAAACCAGUCCCGAUUUCGACUUCAGAAGAUGAUCUGGCUUUUCGAUCACAGUCCUGGUCAGGGGACUUGCCACGUGGGCGUACUUACCAACGUCCAAGAAGGCGAAAGCUUUCAGGACCAAAUGGACUUAUCCGGUGCUCAGAAUCUGCACACCAACUUACCACAUCUGGAAACCAGUCACAUGGUCUCUACAACACAUUGCCGGAGAAAAGAAACAGCCAGAACUCGUUAAACAGGAGGGAAUCUUUUAAUCACGCUGUUCUUAAAACAAACUCGGGUAUGAAGUUAAACCAUAAAAACAAUGACCAUGAAACUGUGCACAGGUUGGAAUCACAAGGAAUCGACAAUCCUUCAUUCAGUUACGACAAAAACAGCGAGAACACCCUGACCAAUAAACCUCCCCCUUACAAACCCCCUCCUAGUUACCAUAGAAACUCUUCCCACUCAUCUACAACAGACAAAGCAGCUAAACCUCCCUAUCCUCCACGCAUACACAUUCAGGUGGAACGAUGUGGGGACAGCAAUCCCACAAGUCUCUUUGGUCCAGGGUACAGACGAGUGCCCAAAAUCACCCGCAGAAGCAACAGUUUUUCCAAUUUGACUGCCUCUCCAAUAACAUCAGCUCCUGGACUAGAGACUCCAUCUUUCCUGAAGCGUUCUGGGAGUUUGCCAGAAUUGUCAGCAUCCAACAUGAAAGAAAAGAUGCAGAAGUGUUUUCAAAUUUGUCUUCUGCUUGUGCCGCCUGCAAACCGACGCAAACUUCAUCUCUUGCUGCGCAUGAUUAGCAAGAUGCUGGAGAAUAAAGACUUGUCUUUGGAUGAAAGUCAGCCUCUCAGAGCUUUGUUGCUGGACAAGUUUGCUCGUAGCAUUUUGCGCAGCCCAGAGGAGGUAGACAUGGAUGAGUUACUAGUACUGCAGAUAGUGGGCUUUCUGGUGGAUCACUACACGGAAAUAAUGCUGGUGCCAAAGGACUUAAAAAGCACUGUGGAAACGCAACUGACAGUGAUGAAACAAUCCAGUACUCAGAUCGUCUACUCACUGGAAGAUCCUUCCAUGCUAACUUACUGUAAACAGGUCAGUAUGGCACAGUUUGAGAAGCAGCGACUCAGCCACUCCCAGCAAGCCUUAUCGGACCUGUUAGAGGGCAUCGUCACUGACACGGGCAUGACGCAGAAGGAGAAAAAGAGACGUCUCAAGGAGUUUCAGAAAACUUACCCAUCUAUUUACGAGAGGAGAUUCCCAACAAGAGAGAGCGUUGGCGAGAUACUUCCCUCUAGUGGACGACCCAAGCCACCAUUGUUGUCUCGACCACUCCAGAAGCUGAAAAACAUGAGACUCUAAGAGAUACAUGUACAAAUGAAAUGUACAGAGCGCAGAAUCAACAAUAGCUGAAUGGCCGUGCGUGGAUAUUAAGCAGUUUCCAGUCUAGUCUGUAAUUUAUGCAAAUGUUUUAUACAUGUAUCAGGAAAUAUAAAUUGAAAUGAUAGUACCAUGCAUUUAAUAAAUGUGCUGUUCCUGUUAGAAAUUUUAAUUCCAUUUUUUAGCAGGGCUGGAUCAUCCUGUCUUAUUGCGCCAAGAAUUCACGAAAUGUUGUAGGUGUUCCCUUGCUUUUAAAUGCCUCCUAUCAUUCAUAUUUUAAUGCUUUAUCUCGUUGCUCAAAUUCUUUAUGUAGAUGGCCAAAAAGUAAGUCUUGGAGAGUAUUAGGUGCCUUUGAAUUCUUUAACGUUUUUUUUGCUUUGCUGUCUACUCAAUGCUCACUUCUUGAAACUCAUCCAUUCCUGUUCUUUAAAUCACUGUUAUAUUAAAUGAAUUGUUGUCUUGAUUUCUAUGCAGUGUGCUCUGUAUGAAUGGUCAGAAAUGAACUAUUUUAAUUACCUCAUUUAUUCAUAAAUAUUCUGUCCAGUCUCCAUUUUAGUAUGAAUUGAACAUUGUCUUCUUUCAUUAGAUUAUACUUUCAGAAUAAGACGUGUUUGUAUGUGAAAAUAAAAUUUGCAUUCCACUUAGUAUCAAGUGUGAACAUUGUCAUUGACUGAAUUUAACUUUCUUCGAAUUCCUCUGAUGUACAAUUGUAUUAAUGGUUAAACUGUAAUAGUACCUGUUGUUGUUAUCUGUAAACUGUACAUACUUUUUUUUUUCCUUCAUUUUUAUUUGUAUUAUUCAUCAGAAUAAAGAUGUUAUUAGUUAUUUUAC